AUGCAGCUUCUUCAUUUCGUUUCAGAACCCUGGAAGUCCCUGUUUUUUGACCUUGUCAAACAGGCCUGCGACUCUGCAAAACCAGAAGUUCGAGUUCAGAAACGGAAGUGGCGCCAGGCAUUUCGGAGGGAUCUCACGCACUUCUACGCCGAACACUUCAUCUUCGCGAACCCUGCCAUUAACCUGACCACCGUGUCCCGCACCAUCGGGGAGGAUCAGCUGGUGGAGGAACUGGUGCUAAGCCUCAACCACGACCGGAUGGUCCACUGGAUGCUGCCCGGCGUGCCCCCAACGGGGCGACAUAUCACCGUGCCACUGGUGGCCAUCGUGCGCUUUGCGGUGGAUCCAACGGAUGAGAAGUGGAAGUUGAAGCAUGAACAUAUCUACUGGGACCAGGCCUCUGUACUGGAGCAGCUGGGUCUUCUCAAGAACUUCGUCCACACCUACCCCGGCGUGGCGCUCGGUGCCGUGCAAGCGCAGUCGGUGCUGCUGGGGCAGGGGGCGAAUGCAGGGCGACAGAGUCGCGGAGAAGCGCCCGAAGCCGAGCUCUGA